UUGGAUCGCAUUUUUCCAUCACAGCCAACCCUUGAAGCUAUUCUCUCUCCUAAGCUUUUCUCUCAUCUCACAAGCCUUCCAAUCCCACCUACAGAAUAAGCUAAAACUAAGCUCAACAAGAACACACGACACCAAUGGCAGCAACUAUAGCAACGAUGGCCAUGCUCAAUGCCAAGUGCUUCACCACCCCUAAAACCCACAACCCAUCUAAGCCAACAACAAAACUACCCACCACCACCACCUGCACCUCCCUCCUCUCCAUCCAAAACCUCCCAAAAGGCCUCACCAUCUCUAACCCAUCACCCCUAUCCAGCACUGCCCUCGCUGGAGCCAUUUUCGCAACCCUAACCUCAUGUGAUCCAGCCAUGGCAGCCCAACAAAUUGCCGACAUCGCUGAGGGCGAUAACCGGGGCCUAGCACUCCUCCUGCCAAUCAUUCCAGCCAUUGCUUGGGUUCUCUUCAACAUCCUUCAACCAGCUUUGAACCAGGUCAACAAAAUGAGGAGCAUUAGGGGGGUCAUCAUUGGGCUUGGUGGGAUAGGUGGGUUGGCUGCUGCCUCAGGGUUCAUGUCAACCCCUCAUGCGAUGGCAGCAGCACAGGCUUCAAGUGACAAUAGGGGGCAGCUCCUGUUGUUUGUCAUUUCUCCUGCUAUUCUUUGGGUUCUUUAUAAUAUUUUACAGCCAGCUUUGAACCAGCUCAAUAAGAUGAGGUCUGAGUGAAAUGGGUUUUGGAUAUGUGGGGGAUUGAGGUGAAGAACUAGUUGUAAUUGAACCUUUUGUUAAUGAAACUUUUGUGUUAAAUAUGUUUUUUUGGGGGGUUUGUUAAUGGAUUUUCUAAUAUGAUCAUGCCAUGGUUGUCUCUACUUGUAUUUGAGAUUUCUGUAUAAUUAUUGCGUGUAUAGCAUAGCCCAAGCUGAUCUCCAACUACAUGUAUGUGGUUUGUUGCUUAAUUGUAUCCUUGCGUGGUUAUUGAGU